GCAGCGGCGGUGGGAGGCAGCCAAGGGCUUCCAUUUCGGUUUGGCAAAGGAUGGCUCAAAAAGACCAGGUUCCACUGGAUACAGAUUCAGGAUUGGACCAGCAUCCAAAAAGAGUGAAGGAGGAAGAGGAACUGGAGAUGUAUCCAAAGAGGCCGGAGGUCUCACCUGGAAAAGGUGGAGAGAACGGACUCAGCCCUCCUGCACUUGGGCAAAACCACUUGGAAACAGGGCAGCCUGACUCCAGAGCAGGCAGUGAGGAGGGUCUGGUGAUGGACCGCAGAGUGGGAUGUGGCCCCAGUGCACCUGCCUUUGGGAUCUGCAGAGCCCCGAUGGGAGAGAUGCCCCACUGGUGCUUGGAAUGUGGGAAGAACUUUGCCCAAAAGGCAGAGUUAGAAAAGCACGGUCUGAACCACACCAGGCAAUGCUCAUACAUCUGCGGGGACUGUGGAAGGAGCUUGAUGGAGCAUGUUGCUCUCGCCACUGGUCAGGGAGCCUGCCUGGCAGGGAAUGCCAGCAACCACACCUGCUAUAGGAAGAGGGUUUCACCUCUGUCGAGCGAGACUGUCGUGCAGAGGAAAGAGCGGAAGGAGCUCUCCCUGCAAGAGAAGGUCCGGGUGCUGGAGAUGCUGGAAGGGCCCAAGGUCUCCCAGAGCGAACUGGCCAAGAGGUUUGGGGUCUCCCAGCCCCAGAUCUGCCGCAUCAUCAAGAACAAAGAGCGCAUCCUGGCCGAGUGGUGCAAGAACGGCAACCCAGGGCGCAAGCGCAAGCUAGAGGAGAAGACCGUGGCUGGUGAGGUGGCCCUUCUGCAGUGGUUUGAGCACAGGUGUGUGUCCAGCACCCCUGCCGAUGGGUUGCAUUUGCAAGAGAAGGCUGGAGAUCUCUCCAAGAUGUUCAGGAGGAAUUCAGAGCUGGAGGCAGGCCUGGGUUGGUUGCGUGGUUUCAAAGCAAAGCAGAAAGCGGCGCAUGGAAGACCUCUGGAGGAGAAAGAGAACAGCGAGGAGCUGGAGGAUGAGGGCUGGGAAAGCAACGUCCUGCCCUACAUCCUAAACAAAUACGAUUCCCGUGACAUCUACGCCUGCGGGGAGGCCGGCAUCCUGUUUCGAGCUACCCCAGAAGGCCUAGCUUGGGACGGUGGAGAGGGAGCCAAGGACCAGCUCACUGUCUUGCUCUGCACCAAUCUGGAUGCUUCAGACAAGAGGGACGUCCUGGUCGUCGGCAAGGCACGAAGGCCAUUUGGCUUCCAAGGGGUAGGCAGCGAGGGCCUGUUGCCUGUCACCUACAGAGCUGAUAGCAAGGCAUGGAUGACAGCCACCAUCUUCACUGAGUGGCUCCAGAAAUUCAACGAGGACAUGAAGCGAACAGAGAGGAGCGUGGUGCUGUUUUUGGUCCCAUGUGCGGUGCACCCUGACACUGAGCUCUCUCAUACCAAGAUGGUUUUCAUGCCUCCUGGCUCUUCCCGGGUCCAUCCUCUUGAGCAUGGGCUGGUCCAGAACUUCAAAUGCCAUUACCGGAGGAGGAUGCUUCUCCGCCUCCUUGCCGUGCUCGACGGCAGAUCCGCGGUUCCUGCAAGCGAGCUCUCAAAGCACCUGACUCUUUUGGACGCUGUUCAUAUGAUAGUCCAAGCCUGGUUAGAUGUCUGUCCACAGACCAUCACAAGCUGUUUCCAAGCUGCGGGCUUCGGCUUGGCUCUCCGCAUCCCAGCUCCUCCCAUGGACGUGGUCCAAGCCUUGGGGUUCAAGGACCGGCAGCAAUUUGAACAGUUUGUGCUGGUCGAUGAGGAGCUGGAGUGUUUUGGAGACCAGGAGGGUGCUGAAAUGCUCCAAGGGGUUCAAGAACCAGCUUGUGCAACUGCAGAGGAAGAGAAGGCGGAUAACUUGCCCUGCCCCUCCAAGGCAGAUGUCAUGGAGAGUCUGGCCACACUGAGGCGCUAUUUUGAGUGCCACUCGGUAUCCUCAACCGCCUUCCAGACCUUCUACAAGCUGGAGGAUGUGGUGCAUGGAAUGUCUCUGGCUAAUAUGCAAGUAUUAAGGGCAAAAGGCUUGAACAAAGAAGGACUCUGAGCCGCAACAUCAAAUCUAGCUCUCUGUGAAUCUCCUGUGUGGCUCUCUGAAUCCACACAGUCAUUUGGGGCAUUGACUAAUUAAAAAAUAAUCAUCUGUACAACAGCCUUUGCCAAGUUUGUGCCCAUGGGGGGAGGUUGCUGCAGUGUGAUCAGGUGGGUUUGGGCUUGGGCUUGGGAAGUAAUGCUGGGAAUGGUUUUUGGAAAUCCCUUCCCCUAAGAUAGCAUAAAAGUGAGAAUCUAUGCAUUGCUUGCAUGGCUGUGAAUUUCUUCAAGAUAUCUAGGAUGGGAAAUGUCUGGGGCUCUGGAACAGGUUUUUCUCUGUCCCCCAAUCCAACUUAAUUAACCUUUAAAGUGCUGGAAGGCUCUUUAAUUGUUCCUGAAAAGU